GCGCUUUCAAGGUCAGAGCGAAGGUCCGUCCAUCCAUCCGCCAGCUGCCCACCCCUCCUCUCCUCCUCUCUCCGCUCGCCACUUAUUGCAGUUUUAAAGCCAGCCAUAAAUUCCGUACUGUAAUAAUAAGGAAAAUCGAUAGUGCCGGCGGAGAGGCGAGCUUUAUCUUGCCUUGCAGCUGGGCCCCAGAGCUCCCCACGGGGCCCUUCCUGCGAACCAGACAAAGAACCACGCCAGGGUCCUGGCCUUCCGGAGCCAGACAGCAGGCAGGCAGCCGGGCACAGGGCCUGUGUGCGUGUGGGUCUAAGGAAGAGAGUUAGCUGUGGCCAUUUCUUCCCAGCCUUCAUCCUCUCCUUGCAGUAAAACUCAAGGAGGGCGAUGCAAGACUACAGAGGAAACUCUGCCAGCCCCAGGCCUCUGGCGCCAGUGAGAGAGUUGUCCUUGGGGGUCAAAGGCAUAUGCCCUUGGCUCCGCUCCCGGGUUCUUCCCUGGCACCUGACAGGCUGGCUUCAGGAAGGGCACAAGGAUGGCACCUGCAGGCCCACAGGGAAGCCCCUCAGAGUAUGUGUCGUUACAGUUCUACUGAUGCUAAGUUCUUGCAUGAAUCGCACUCAGGACUCUGCCUCUAUAGGACCAGCAGGCAAGAAGCCGCCCUUAACAUCAUCUGACAUGGCUGGGGAACUGAUGGAAGGAGCCAGACGCCUCUGGUGCUGCAGGCCGAAUGGGAAGAUGGUUGCUCUGGGCCCCCGCAGCCCCUGUCAAGCCAGCACUUUAGGGGCACAUGGGGCCUUUUCAACAGUGACCCCCUGGAUGAACCAAUCCCACGAGAGACGCCUGAAGGGCACAGGAACAUCCAAGCUCUGCACAAAGGUCUCCCAAUUUUUUAAUCUUAUCUUUAAUAAACACACAUUCCUGCAUAAUGUUGGGAAACUGGAGGUGGGGACAAGGGGACAGACGGACAUGUGGCAUGGAGACCCCUCGUGGACCAGGGGUUCUGCAACCCAGAUCUGCCUCUUUCAAGGCUCCUUCAGGCCUCCAUACCUGGAGUGGCUGCAAACUGUAAAAGAAGUCUGAAUUUUUAACUCAGAGAGGGGGAGAGGAGAGGAAGAAGCAGAAUUUCACCCUUCCCAGUUGGCUCUGGAAAAAGCAAAGUGUUGCAUCUCCUCCUAGCUUGUCCAUUCUUCUUCAUAAUAACUUUUGCCAUCAUGGCCAAACACAUAGUUUGGAAAAGUUUCAGGGAAUUAAGAAGCCUUGGAAGGAAUAAGCCAAAGGAGGGAAACGCUGGCAAGGUGAGAAAGCAGUGGCUCGGCUCAAUUAAAAGAUUUGGAAAGAAGCUGGCAGGGCUGUCCAGA